CAUUUGAGAUUAUUCAAAUAAAACAGUAACCGACUGGAAAAAACUUACAACUCUUGAAUUUCAUUUAUUCCUCCUCUAGCUCUUAUUAUUAUUAUUGUAAAAGAGUUAAUAAAAAUGCAUAGAACUAAACAUAUCGUUCAAACCGGAACUACACUUGCCAGAAAUUGGAGCACUACAAAUGCCAGACUUUCUGGCAAACUGGAAGGAAAAGUAGCAGUUGUUACGGCUUCAACUGAUGGUAUUGGAUUUGCUAUUGCUAAAAAAUUGGCAACAGAUGGGGCACAGGUUGUGAUAAGUAGCAGAAAGGAGAAGAAUGUUCUGAAUGCAGUUGAAGAGUUAAAAUCUGCAGGACUUGAUGUUAUAGGGACCGUGUGUCACGUGGGUAAGGAGGAGGAUAGAAGGAAACUCCUGAGCUUGGCGGUCGAGAAGUUUGGUGGACUUGAUAUUCUUGUCUCCAAUGCUGCUGUAAACCCGUUUUUCGGUCAUAUUCUUGACUGUCCAGAAGAGACCUGGGAUAAAAUUUUCGAGAUCAAUGUGAAAACUGCUUUCCUUCUUUUCAGAGACUGUGUACCCUUGAUGAAGGCGAGAGGAGGUGGCUCUGCUGUUUUUAUAUCAAGUAUUGGAGGUUACCAGCCCAUCCCGUUCCUUGGUCCAUAUAGUGUCAGUAAAACAGCGCUUCUUGGUCUUACUAAGGCACUAGCCACUGAGACUGCCCCUGAUAACAUUAGGGUUAACUGUGUCGCCCCUGGUAUAAUCAAAACUAAGUUUGCAUCGGCACUUACAGAUACAGAAUCUAUAGCUGAGAAAGUUCUUGAGACCGUUCCUUUAAACAGGUAAUUAUUUAACUUUCCCUUUAAUCUUUAAAGUUCUUGAGACCGUUCCUUUAAACAGGUA